AUGUCGAUCUCGUGGGGCAACAACAUGCCGAAGUUGAAGACGAAUCUUCGACUGGCGAUCAAUCGAAUGAAGAUGAUGGGCAAAAAGAAGACCGAACUGGGGAUGAAAGCGCGAACGGAGAUUGCCGAUUACAUUCAAGCCAACAAACCGGACCGAGCCCGUAUCCGCGUCGAACACAUCAUCCGUGAGGACUACUUAGUCGAAGCCUACGAACUUCUCGAGAUGUAUUGUGAUCUUCUCCUUGCUCGAUUUGGCCUUAUUGAACAAAUGACCACAGUCGACGAUGGAAUUGCUGAGGCGGUGAUUAGCAUUCUUUGGGCGGCUCCUCGAAUUACUACAGACAUUCCGGAGUUCAAGGUAAUCUCGGACCAGCUCACGCACAAAUACAAGAAGCCAUUUGCUGAAGCGGCUCGUGCAAAUCAACUUGAAGCGCCAGCAAAAGUCUCCCCGAAGCUCAUCCAAAAACUCGAUAUUGCCGCACCACCAAAGCCACUCGUCGAAAGAUAUCUGAUAGAGAUUGCUAGCGCGGCCGGAAUUCCGUUCACACCCGAUCCAAAUGUGAUGCGAGAAGAUGAGGUGAGUCAAGCCGAGAAGAUGCUGAUCAAAUUUCACGAACAAGGUGGCGGUGGAGGCGUCAUCUCACAACCUCAUCCACACCAGCAACCACCAACCACCGUUCCAGAGGGAUAUUACGGCUGGAACUUUCCACAAGGAGGUGGGCAUCCACCACCUGGCGGAGCUCCACCGCCGCCCCCAUAUGGGGGAGGAGGUGGGAACAUCUACGAGGUCCCUUCAUCUACACCCAAAUACGAUGUGCCUCCCGGUGACGACUUCAAUUGGAAUCCACAACCGAACGCCACUCCGGGAAUCAUUCAACUACCACAAAUCGGACCAAAUGGGCUUCCGCUCAAUCCGCCCACCGGCCCUCCACACGCACCCCCACCAGCUGCAUACCCAUUCCUGAGUCAAAGGGGAUCAAUGGUGACUCCGCCAAGCGGUCCAUCUGCUCCUCCACAGACGGUGCGAAAACCCGACGGACCACCGCCAAAUGACUUCGAGUUGAACCUCAACUUCCCUGACGUGCCAUCGGGUGGCCUCGGUGGGAAUAACAAGCCUGGAAAUGAAGGCGGUGGCGGCAGUGGAGGUAAUGACCUCGAUUUCGAUGAACUUGCUCGACGGUUUGAUCAACUCAAGAAGAAA